AUGCAACAGACACCAUUAACGACAGAGGUGUUGAGAAAAAAGCGGUCGCACAAAGAGAACCUGUCCGUGUCCCUCAAUCGGUGCAGCAGAUGCCAUUGUGUGCCCCGCUGCGGCUUUGUGAGCGUCCCAGUUUCACCCCAGUUGCGGGCGAACGGUGAGUGGGCCGGUCGUUUGGACGCUCUCCCCUUUGAAGGCGUGCUAACGUGGCCCUUUGUAAAGCCACGUCGCGUCGGUGAGCGGGACGACGCGGUGAGC